CGCUGGUCGAUUACGGCCGUGUUUCCCUGCCGUGUUUCCUGCCAUUGUCACUACUAACCUACCUACCUAGCCUAGAUGCUGCUCUUUAAGUAGCCAGCAGCUGCCCUUCGUUUCUUCUACAUCACACCUCGACGGUACAUUAACAAUCUAUAACCUAGUUCAACUAUUUAAUCCUAUACCCGUCGGUUUUGUGUCGACAAGAAACCAUGUCGACCGUUCUUCAGCCCACGACGAUCGACCUGCUCGAGACCGAGCUUGUCAGGGCUCGCGAUGCCCUUCACGAGAUCCGGCCGAUUGCUAGCCCGAUAGUGCUGAUGGGGGAGGAGAUAACCGUGGGGGCAAUGGCGGCAUACCGACAGAGCCUCAUGCAACAGUCUCCUGAGUUCUACGGUGCCCGUCAAUUGACACCGAAGGACUUGGGCCUCGUGACGGUGGUUCGGGAAGUGCAGCCCGACUUCCCGGGUAACGAGCAGUUGCUGGGGCUGGAAUCCGUUUGCACGGUGACUGCUGUCCCUUCUAGGCGGGCCACGCUGGUAGAUGUGCUCUCGAACAACUUGAUUCUCGACCGCAUGGCACCGUAUCUGUCUGUGGCCUCGCUGCUGAAGCUUGCCUCAACGUCGCGCUAUCUCCGCUCUGUUAUCUUGGAGACGCCUUACGUGUUCCGCCAUCUCGAUUUGACUCGAUGCCGAGGUGCCCGGCUGCCCAACACCAGUUCUGUACACUCCGGUGGCCUACGGUGGUCCAUGAACCGAUCCUCAGACGAAGAUAUAUGCGCACAACCCUUGAGGAACAUCUUCACUGAUCUGGGGCGAAGAUCGAUCCUGCAGGAUGUCCGUACUCUGAUUCUGGAUGGUCUCUCGGUUCCCGCAAGUCUGGUUGCUGAGAUUAUCUUGUCAAAUCGUUUCAACGUGUCCAUUCUCUCUAUUCGGGAAUGUCUCAACCUAGAUGAGCACAAGCUCAUGCAAGUUCUCCAACUUGCGGUCCGGCCAGACCGGCCCAAGGGAACACCGCGUGUGAAGGGCAUCUAUCAUUUUUCUCCCAUCAAUGUCGUUUGUGGCACAACACGCACCAGAUAUAGGGAUUGGUGGGAUUCACGGGUUAGCGCCUCUCGAUGUGCCGGCCGAGUGUCGAUCAGUAAGAGUCAACCGAGGGAAGAGUCCCGCGAGAACUUUUUCGAUCUUCCACAGAACCAAUGGUACCGACCCACUGGCAAGGUUUUCAAGCGCUCGAUCGAAGAUGGAUGGGCUGAAACCAUCCAAAAAUGUGAAGGUAUAAUUGCUUUCGAUGCUGUGCUUUGUCGCGGGCCGCGACAUGACGCUGAGCGCUACGCUUCUAUGACCGAUGAAGAUUUUCGAGCAGGGGAAGGCGGCCACCUUUUACCCCCGGCCAUUGCAACCAUUGCCCUUGGCCCCAAGGGCUGCGAUCAAUGUCACAGCUCACCGGAGGGGCCCGCUAUCAGGGGACAGUCUCCAGAUGAACAAUUCCCUCUCCUUAACCCUCCGCCUAUGCACUCUUCCACAAUUGCCGCCGCGAAGCUCCCGACCCUGUCUGUCAGUGAACAUCCGGUCUUGGUCGCCCGCUGUGCAGACUGUCUCACGGAUCGCUGGUGCCAACGCUGCAACAAGUGGUUUUGUUCAGUUUGCCUGCCUCGGCCCGAAAGAAACACCGUGAAUCUCACUGCCCAUCAAACCGUGGUCAAGAUGCCUCCUGAAGCUCGAGUCGGCCGCACUGCGCCCUCUGGAGAUGGUAAAAAUCUCAAACCGGGUGUUAGCAAGACUUGUUGGUAUUGUGGGCCAACAUGUGCGAGCUGCAAGUUCGAGUGCCAACGCACCUGUGAUGGUUGUGAUUGUGAUUAUUGUACCGAACACAAUUCCGGUUGCUCCUCGAGUAUGAUCAUUCUCCCCCAGUCAGCCCUCGAACAGCUCCUCCAAGCUGCGCCCUUGCGCGAGGUUUCUCGUUCCCGGCCUCAAGCUUACACUCGUGGCUUUGACCCGUUCAAUCCGCACACUUUUGCCGCGGAGGCGACAGCCCGUAAUCAGCAAUCGGACCGACAGCAGCAACUCCCCCACCCGCUUACUUUCCGCAUUGUGAACCCUCGGAAUGACCGUGUGGUGUACGCCGGCAUCCGAGAGUUCUCUGCGGAAGAGAAUGAGAUCGGUCUCAGUCCCUUUCUGCGCGAUGCGCUAGGGAUCGAAGAUGAAAUAAUGGACUCGGAUAUGCCCAUAGUAACAGGGACAACGACUCGAUCUUCUUUAGAUGUUACAGUCCAUGCCAAGCAGCUCCCCAAGGGGACUUUUGUCCGGCUCCGCCCUCUCGAAGCCGGCUACGAUCCAGAAGAUUGGAAAGCACUGCUUGAACGGCACCUGAGAGAAAACUUUACGACCUUGACCAGGGGCGAGGUUCUAAGCAUCCCUGGUAACCGUAAUGAGUCCUUCAAAUUUCUCGUUGACAAACUCAAUCCGGACGGCGAUGGUAUCUGUGUUGUGGACACUGAUCUGGAGGUUGAUAUCGAGGCGUUGACGGAGGAGCAGGCGAGGGAGACCUUGAAACGACAUAUUGAGAGUUCAACUCGUCGCCAGGGGCUGAAAGGACAGAGCUCCGUGGGUGGCCGCAUCACACCCGGAGAGAAUGUCGUGGGUCAAGUCACACCUGGAGAGUAUGUUGACUAUGAGCUUGAGAAGUGGACAGAGGGAACCGUCAUCAGCGUCAUAUGUGAAGCAAUCGAAGGCAAUGAAGGUGACAUUGAUCUUUUUGUCAGUCCGUUUUCAUCUCGUCAGCGAAAUCGACCCAGGAUUGACGAGCAUGUCUUUGGGGCAAUCUCGAGCAAUUCGCCAAAACAGAUUAGACUGGAGCCUACGAAUAUAGAACUGGAGGAAGCCGAAGCCUUAUAUAUAUCAGUUCAUGCAUUCUUGGGUCCUGAGACUACACCGUCUGCUUCCCUGCGAUACAACCUGCGCGUUGUCACCAGCUCCCCUGACGUCCAACACGACGCAGAGGACGAACAAACUUCCCACGGCCCUGACGACGUUCAAUGUAAGAACUGUCGACAGUGGGUACCUCAACGAGCAUUAGUCCUCCAUGAGAAUUUCUGUUUCCGGAACAACGUCCACUGCCCGAUGUGCGAUAACGUAUUUCAGAAACGAUCCCCGGAAUGGGAAAACCACUGGCACUGUCCCCAUGAUGACUUCUACGGCAGUGACCUUGCGAGCAAGAACAAGCAUGAUACCAUCUUCCACAAGUCGUACCAAUGCCCGAAUUGCGAAUUCGAUGGCCAGGGUCUUCCCAGUCUUGCCAGGCACCGUACCACAACAUGCCGGGGAAAGAUCAUCUUGUGCCAGUUCUGCCAUCUCGCUGUCCCACAGAAGGGGGAGCUUGACCCCGACAUGCACGAUCCGGAGGUACUGCUUUCCGGGCUGACCCCGCACGAACUCGUGGACGGUGGCCGAACGACAGAAUGUCACCUGUGCAGCAAGAUCAUCCGGCUGCGGGAGAUGAAGACACACCUUCGACAUCAUAAUCUCGAGCGCAUCUCGCGGCCGCCGCCUCGUGUAUGCGUGAAUCAGAACUGCGCACGUACCGUCACGAGCCCCUCCAACGACUCCCUCGGUCUUUGUAGCAUCUGUUUCGGCCCGCUAUACGUCGACACCUAUGAUCCUGAACGGAAAGCGCUUCGCCGCCGCAUCGAGCGACGCUAUCUGUCGCAGAUGAUGGCCGGGUGCGGAAAACCAUGGUGUCAGAACGAGUACUGCAAGACCGGGAAUCAAAACAGGAAAUCCACCAAACAACCUGCAGAGACGAUGAGUGCCGCGGAUAUCCUUGCCAGGACACGUCCGUUGCUUGAGGCUAUCACUUUUCAACAAGACGACGGUAACACGAUGCCGAAUAAUACUGCCCCAUUUUACCUUUGCACAGACCAGGCGAGCCAGCAGAGACGGAUUCUCGCCGAGACGAUCGCCUCAGAGAGCGAGGUUGCAGGCCCGAAAGCAUACUCUGUUGAAUGGUGCAUUGCUGCCGUCGAAGCGGGCAGCGGAGAUUUAGAUCGAGCGAGGGAUUGGCUGGCUAACUGGGCGCCUGCUAAGGGCGAGACGAUGCAAUCUUAA